GAGCACUCCACUAAGCACUUGACUUUGAAGUCACAUAGGCCUCGUGUCGAAAUUCCAACUUCUCGACCAGGCCUCACUCUAGCCAGAGAUGCCUCCGAAACCCAAGCAUCGCGACGUAGCCGGCUUUCUGAGCCGGGUGCGCAACUUCCUGCUGGGCCGCACCCACACGACGGCCCAUCGCUUCGCGGACGUGGUCUCUCCGCGCACUCAGCCGCCUCCAAACAUCCCUAGUGGUCCUACCCAGAGUCUGUUCGCCAACUACUACUACACCAGGGAUCCUCGGCGCUUGGUGAAGCCGUUCGUCGACGUGGUGCAGGAGCACAAGAAGAUGCUCGCCACCAAGGCGAAGGAGGAGGAAGCAGCCAAAAAGGCUCAGGCCAAGUCUGGAGAUGCGCCGAAAGGUGGUAGCCCCAUCCCACCUGUCGAGUCCAAGGCUACUGAUACGAAUGAAUGCGAUGAAGGGGAUUCCGGCGCGAAGAAGCUCCCGACUCCUGGAAAGGUGCAUUCUUGGGAGGGGCCACACUAACCUCCUUCAAAUCCCCUGCUUAUUGAGAAACCCUUUAGGGUUCAGCUAAUUGCUUGUUCCAUUUCGAAUGCACUUUCCAAGUAUUUACGAUAUCAAGCAGGACCAUUAAACCGAUUCGCAGUGGAGCCAAUGCAGGCAGUCGUAAAAAUGUAAAUCUAAUUAGACGUCAAGGGUGAAAAUCAUUUAUGGCACCUGCAUGAAAAUUUAAUUAAGCACACACAAUUAUCGAAGUUACAAGCUGGGAAGGCGCAAAUCGAGGUCCAACGGGUUUGUUACAGGCCACAACAAUAAAUUUGCAUGCUUAAUAACGUUUAAUGCUAU